CAUGACUCCUACGGUGGAGAGAUGCGGCCAAGUGAGGGGUGAUAAACAUUGUGGCCGUAGUGGGUGCUGCCCCGCCAAACACUUGUGCUCACACACAAAGAUAGCAGUUGGACCCUUACUCCACUUCCCUUGGUACUUCAGUGAUCGCGAGAGGUACCCGGUCCUCGUAUACCACUUUCAAUGGCCGAAGCAGUCAAGUCAGUCGCCUCUGCAGUGGCAGAUAUGGUUAUCUCCAACGUUGUCUACAUCGAUGAGGACACCGGUGUCGAUGCGCCAGAAACCCUCGGCACCAAAGACCUCCCGUUCAAGUCGCUGCUCGGCGCUCUGAUCCACUCCUCCGUGAAGGAUGCGAGAUACGAAUCGCGGAAGUCCAAGACCGGCACACCGGAGGAGACCCGCGAAGAGUACAAGCCCGUCGCCAAAGCCGCGCUGAAAAAGGCUACCAACGCGCACUCUGCCCACAUCAAGAAGGAAGCAAAGAAGGGCGAGCUUGCUGCGAAGGAAGCCGAGCAGAAGGCGGCGAGGGAUGCACAGCUCGAGGCUGCCAAAUCGGUCAUUAUCGUCGAGGAUGCCAGCAAGCCUGCGGCCAAGAAGAUCAAGAUCAGGGACACUACCGCCCACCGCAACACGCGUGUGGCUAUCUCUGGAUGGGCUCACCGGGUGCGUCACCAGAAGAACAUGAUCUUCAUCACUCUGCGCGAUGGAACCGGGCUUCUGCAGUGUAUCCUGGCGGAUAAGCUCACCGAAUCCUACGAUGCUAUGACUCUCACCAACGAGACCACCCUCACUCUGUACGGAGAGCUCAAGGAAUUGCCUGCUGGUGCGCAUGCCCCCGGCGGGCACGAGCUCAUCGUGGACUACUACAAGAUCAUUGGGAAGGCGCCAGGAGGAGAAGAGGCGAUCACCAACAUCGUCGCCCCCGACGCCGACCCCCAGACGAAGUACAACUACAGGCAUCUGACCCUCCGUGGUGACACUGCCAGUGCCACCCUCAAGGUUCGCGCUGCUGUCGUCAAGGCGUUCCGUCGAAGUUUCGAUGAUCUCGGUUUGCUCGAGGUCACUCCCCCGUGCAUGGUUCAGACUCAAUGCGAGGGAGGUGCCACUCUGUUCGAAUUUGACUACUACGGAGAGAAGGCAUACCUCACUCAAUCUUCGCAGCUUUACCUUGAGACAUGUCUGCCCUCGCUCGGUGACGUUUUUUGUAUCCAGGAGUCCUUCCGUGCCGAGAAGUCACUUACCAGACGCCACCUCAGUGAAUACACUCACAUCGAAGGUGAAUUGGCUUUCGUCACAUUCGACGACCUCCUGAACCACCUUGAAGAUCUGGUCUGUCGAACGAUCGACACCGUCUGGAACGACCCUCCGACCCGGGCCUUCAUCCAGGAGCUCAACGACGACGCCAACAAGGACGAGAAGAAGCGCUUCGAGAAGGGCGAAGUCACUGAGCUCAAGCACUACGAGUUCAAGCCCCCCAGCCGUCCGUUCCGCCGCAUGAGGUACUCGGAGGCCAUCGAGUGGCUCAACGAGCACGGCAUCCCGAACGAAGACGACGAGCCCCACAAGUUCGGCGACGACAUUGCCGAGGCCGCUGAGCGCCGCAUGACCGAUAUGCUCAACGAGCCGAUCUUCCUCACCCACUUCCCGGUCGAGAUCAAGGCCUUCUACAUGAAGAAGGACCCGCAAGAUCCCAGGGUCACCGAGAGUGUUGACUGCUUGAUGCCCGGUGUCGGCGAGAUCGUUGGUGGUUCCAUGAGGAUGGAGGACCUUGAGGAGCUGUUGGAUGCGUACAGACGUGUUGGCAUUCCCGCGGAUCCCUACUACUGGUUCACCGACCAGAGGAAGUAUGGAACCACGCCCCACGGUGGAUACGGUAUAGGACUGGAGCGUUUCUUGGCAUGGAUGUGUGGUCGCUGGACUGUUAAGGAGUGCUCACUUUACCCCCGCUGGAUGGGACGCUGCACUCCUUAGCUGGUCAUUGGUCAUCUAAUGGUCAUCUAAUUGGGCCUGGAGACUCGUCUUCCAAUGCUAUCUCCGUUCCCGUUCCUUUUCUUGAUCCUUUCUUCGUUUCUCAUUUUUCCUUUUUCUUGUGUUUUUGUCGAAUGGUUGUUUUUCUCUUGGGUGUAGCGGGUGAUCGGAUCGAAAUAGACUUUUUUCUUCUAUGCAACAG